UCCCGGGCCUGCCCAGUUUUGCAGGCUCGGCCAGUGGCCGCUGCCCGGCACUGGGAUCCCGGUGCUGCGAGGCAGAGAGGCCGGGGCCUGACGCCGCCUGCGCAGCCCUGGUCGCGGCCCGCGGAUGCUGCAGCGUGACAGGGGGCGGGGUCGGCUAGGGAAUCUCCCGGCUGGGCCGGGUGACAGAGGCUGGGGGCUCCGGGAGCAGCGACAGGGGCCGAUCCGCCGCGAGACCCGCCUCAGUCACGCCGUGCUUAAUCACAGUUAGCUUGUGCUCCAGGCUGGUCGCGUGCACCGUUCUCCCAGCCGUUGACCCCGGGGAUUUCUUUUAUGGUGGCUUUCUCUGACAUGCCAAAGCUACCCGAGUAUUCUGAACUGAGUGACUCUUUAACGCUUGCCGUGGGAACAGGAAGAUUCUCGGGACCAUUGCACAGAGCAUGGAGAAUGAUGAAUUUCCGUCAGCGGAUGGGAUGGAUUGGAGUGGGAUUGUAUCUGUUAGCAAGUGCAGCCGCAUUUUACUACGUGUUUGAAAUCAAUGAGACUUACAACAGACUGGCCUUGGAACACAUUCAGCAGCACCCAGAUGAGCCCCUUGAAGGGACCACGUGGACACACUCCUUGAAAGCUCGGUUACUCUCCCUACCAUUUUGGUUUUGGACAAUCAUUUUUCUGAUCCCUUACUUACAGAUGUUUCUGUUCCUCUAUUCUUGUACAAGAGCUGACCCCAAAACGGUGGGCUACUGUAUUAUCCCCAUAUGCUUGGCAGUUAUUUGCAAUCGCCAUCAGGCAUUUGUCAAGGCUUCUAAUCAGAUCAGCAGACUACAACUGAUCGACACAUAAAAUCAGUCACCGUUUUUUCCUCUUGAUUACCCAACUGCCAGCACUGUAAGGAACCCGAUCACAAGACUGCAGUUUUUCCACAGAUCUCAGGAAGUUGUGGUGGGGCGGAGGCUUUUUAAAAAAUGUGACUAGGGGGGCUAUCCUUAACUGAAUAAUAAGGACAUUUUAGGUAAAGCCUGAGAUACAAUACUUCAAAAUCAUGUUGAUGUCUUCAGAUUUUGGAAGUAAAACCGUGUCUGUUAUUUUUAUUCUACUGUGAAACAUAGUGAUGGUUCAGAAAUUUUUUCUUUUGGGGGAAAAUGAGUGUGGACAUUUUUUAUUGUGUUUAACAUGUAAGAAGACCCAAAUGUGGUCAUAAAAUUUAAACUUUCCAGUUA